UUCUUCGGUAACAGAUCGAUAAAUUUCCGGGAUAUGCUCGGAAGUUGCUAAGCAAAGGAUACAACGAGUAUGGCGGCGGACAUUUGACGAUGUACCCAGCGAACGAACUCACAGAAUCUGCAACGCAGAAUAAACAAACGAUUCCUCAUUCAGUAAAAGCCAAAAUGCCAGCUGCAUCUGGAGUGAGACGUAUUAGUGGAGGUAAGGAAAAUGUUAAGAAAAUUCAUUGUGCAUUUCACGAAAUCGUACAUUAAUUUCGGCUGGCCCCUAAAGGUGAAGAUCACAGUGAAAUAGUGGAAGAAAUCAGAAAAUGACACCCACCCUUUCUCGAAUGUUGCAGGAUCCCCCCUGGUGUAGCAGAAAAUGUAGAGAGUUAGCAAAGAUAACUUCCUUUGCUGCUUACUGCCGUACUUUGAAUCCAGUAAAAAGGUCCAAUUGGCCAGUUUUUGUAUCAAACCUGUGGAUUGGAGUCAUUGUCACUUGUAAUCUUCAACAUUUUUGUUCAAAUAUUUUUAUUGCAGAAAAUUUUGGUGAACGUCCUUUAUCACGUCAUGGCGAAAGACCCACAAGCAGCAGAUCUCUUGACAGUCCCUUGCAAACUGCAGCACAGUCACCCCAACAAAGGUCUCUGUAUGAUGGGGGAAGUAACCUUCAACGUCGAAGCUCAGAAGAGCUGAUCUCUUCUCAUGGUGCUGUCUUUGUUCCAAGGCCUCCGUCCAGGCAAAAGACAGGUGGUCGCCCCAAAUCAGCCAAAGGGCGGGUGCGUCCUAACUCCCAUGUUGGAAGAGAAAGAAAAGUUUCAAGAGAGAGUUUGUCUGAUGUUGGAGAUCCAGUUUCCUGUUCCCCACCACUAAAACCACAGCUAUCUUUUUCAAAGUACAAGCCCCUUCCUUCUAUAGGCACAGGGCUUGUUCCCAAGACUGACAAUUACCAUUCUUUAAGUGAAUUAUCUCAAAGUAGAACAAGAACACAAACUGACAGCAAUGAUACUGAUAAUGUGAUAACCUUGUCAAAAGCUACUGCAAGACUAUCAUUACACUACUCCCUCCCUGAUGAACCAACAGAUGCAGAGCCAGAGAGACUUAAUCUUGCCAUAAAACUAUUGGAUGGUACUCGUCAUGAGAGAUGGUUUAGACCCACAGACACUCUAGGCGCAGUGAUUGCAUUUGCCGCAUCAGUUACUAAGGACGAGCUUCCUCCCUGUCUGAUUUGCACAAAUGAGGUGCCCAGAAGAGUUUUUGAUAAUUUUUCUCUAAGUUUGUCACAAGCUGGGAUAAACUCAAGAACAGUUGUCUAUCUUGAAGACUUGGUACCAUUAGAUAACAAUAGUAAAUAACUAAACCCCUUCUUGUCAUCAUAGGAAACCCAUUCAAUUCAACCACCCAAGGGCGAUGGAAAUCUGGUAAAUUUUUUGAGGUAGUCUUAUGAAGGGAGUGGAUUAGCAGGGGUUUCAAUAAGCACUGAUGACCGACAAAAUGCGUCGGUUAUUUUGCUCAGGGAAGUCGGCUACUGUUCUCUCCAAAAGAAGNAGACACUCUAGGCGCAGUGAUUGCAUUUGCCGCAUCAGUUACUAAGGACGAGCUUCCUCCCUGUCUGAUUUGCACAAAUGAGGUGCCCAGAAGAGUUUUUGAUAAUUUUUCUCUAAGUUUGUCACAAGCUGGGAUAAACUCAAGAACAGUUGUCUAUCUUGAAGACUUGGUACCAUUAGAUAACAAUAGUAAAUAACUAAACCCCUUCUUGUCAUCAUAGGAAACCCAUUCAAUUCAACCACCCAAGGGCGAUGGAAAUCUGGUAAAUUUUUUGAGGUAGUCUUAUGAAGGGAGUGGAUUAGCAGGGGUUUCAAUAAGCACUGAUGACCGACAAAAUGCGUCGGUUAUUUUGCUCAGGGAAGUCGGCUACUGUUCUCUCCAAAAGAAGAAGCAACUAGUGCUUAUGAUGUCGUAAACAAAAAACAUAUCAUAAAAUCUGGCUACUUCAAUUAUUAUUGAAACCCCUGGAUUAGGAGGGUUAUAAGUUGGUGUUUUUGUUUGUUUGGGCCAAAAGAAAUAUGAUCAAAAUUAUAAGGUAGUGAUGAGGUAGAGUUUCAAUCUUAGUGCUUUGUUCACUUAACCUCCUGCAUGGUAAACAGAAAGAAAAUGAGGCAACCAAAAGUGCAGCGUUACUCUUGGACCUUGUUCCUCAAUACCCUGCGAGCAGAGGUUACUCCCUUGCAUGCCUACAGCAUUUACAAGCCUUCAAGCCAUUUGCAUCGCAUGUCAGUUACUUAGUUGGUUUGUUUACGCCCCAGGAGAAAUAUUUUUGUCAGUGUGUAAACAAACCAUCCACACAACUGACAUUCGACACAAAUGACUUGUCAUAAACACUAAAAGCCAUGCAAGAGAGAAACAUCUGCUCAGUUUUGUUUUUCAAACAUGUAAAAAGAACCUUCAAAAUACUGUUGAGCCUUUACUUUGAGUUCCAGUUUCAGGCCUUUUAGAUACACAGGGCAACAAAGACAGUACUUCUGUUUGCCUUUUUCUGGUUGAAUGAUGCUUCGUAAUGCCUGAUGCAGAUGUAGACUUCACAGAUUGUUUUCUGUUUGUAGUUUGAUCCUGUUAAAAGGAUUUUUACCAAAUGCCACUUUAGAAACAAGAAGAACACUUCUGGGUUCUUACUCAGGGCUGUCAAAAAGAUUUUAAGUGGCAGGCUGAUCUUAAAUGAGUAGUGGGCGGCUUUGGAACUCGCACCAAAGGCACAAGUUCUGGAGGGUCCAGGCUUCUAGGGACAUUUUGAAAUUUAGAGUCUUGGAAAUGGCAUUUCCAGGUCUUUUCAAGAGGUAUUUUCCACUGCGGACGCCGUAUGUUGCUUUGUCAGAGUACAUGCAAGACUGGGAACAAUGUCAUCGAAAUGUCCCAGAUCUAAACCUGUUUAAAUAUGCGUUCAAUGUCAUUCAAAAUUGGGAAACAUAUGCUUUACAAUAUUGCAUUCGAUGGUGCUUAUUUGUUGUUAGCAGUUAUGGUAGAAGAAGAUGAAAGUGUGUAGCCAGCUAAGGAUGGCUAACUAGCCGGCAGUUUUGGCCGGCUACCAACCCUUAUUGACAAACCUGUAUUACUGAGGAUGUGCUGGUCACUAUUGCCCAUUUUUUCUCCUGUCCUCAUUAACAGUCCCAGAAGUAUUUACAAAAGUCAACUUGGCCAAGUUUCCAUCUCAUUUCUAAAGUGGAGAAUGUCCAGGUUGAUGGAGUGACUCCAUCAGAAGUACAUGAUAAGCAUAUAGCAACGUGUGGAAUACAAAAUCAAUUAAAUUAUUUAUUGGAUAGCUCAUGUAAAUGUUGUAAAAAAUGUUCAAACCAUGCAUUUUAUUUUGAGUGUACAGCUGUAAGUUGUAUCUACAUGUAUAUGUAUAAUUAUUCACUUUAUUCUUCUGUACAUAUUAUUUAUUGUUUUUAAUUUAUAGACUGCUUAGUUAUCAGAAUGUUUUUGUUAGCCAUAGUUUCAUUUCCUCUGUUUCCUGAGCGGGACAUAAGGCUGCAGUUAUCAGAGUACAAGUAGUUUAAUUCAUGUGAACUCAGAAUGAUAGUAUAAAAGAGUGUGCAACAUAGUAUAACGCUCAAUUCCUAGUUUUAUUAGUCUGCUACACAGCCGUUUUUGGUGUAGUCACGCAACGCUCCUCCCCUCCUCCCCUGCCCGUUUGUGGGGAGGAGCGUUGCGUGAUGACACUAAAAACGGCUGUGUAGCAGGGGCUAAAGUUUUAUGGAGGGCAUGUAUUUGUAUUUGGAUUCUUAUAGGCCUAAGGAGGGGAGGGGUAAAUUGGUAAAAUUUUUGAUGGGAUGCAGGAGGUAUGACUGUCACGUGUUUUGCAUCACCCGGCGUUUCGGUUUUUGGAAUUAAAUGAAAUUGAAAAAAGGAUCAGAAUUUCCUUUAACAGGCUUGAACAAAACAACAGCACUGCAAACCAGAAUGACACGUUUUGGGACAUGUGGCUGCCUCCUCUUAAGGCUCAGUGGGGAGCACUAAGCGAAAAAAAGCGAGAAGCGAGAGAGGGGAGUGAUGGUCCCUUCUUCUCCACUUUCCUUGUUUGCGAGUGACUGGGGACAAGGUAGGACAUGUGGGCAAUUUGCCGAGACAAAUCACCGAAAGCGGCCGUAGUAACAAGGUGGGCUUGGUGCCCAAUGAUUAUCGCGAGGUUAGGCUCGUUUCUUAACACAUAGAAUACAUUUUACAUGCAAAGUUUGCUAAACCGGUUUUUUUUUGACUUUUUGUUAUCGGCAACAGCUAUUUUAUUCGGCUAAAUUUAUUAAGACAGUCCGAAACCAAGUUGGGCCAUAGUUGAGCAAACUUCUGUGUGCGGUUCAACAUCCCUUUCUGUUAGGUUCCACCGGUUUUGCAGUGAUAAGUUCGGUCCACAGGCUUGCUCUGAAAUAUAUUUUAUGCCGGCAGAAAUCUUCACCGAUUUCCGUUACUGGGCCUAGACCUUCCACUGUUUUUUCAACUUUUAUGUACCUGAUUAAUCCCUUUUAAGUAGGUACUCAUUUUAACGAUUUAAACUCUUACUGUACAGGAACUUACUACACACCCCUGGGUAGAAAACGAAAACGAAAUUGCUAAAUUUGAGAAUGACAUGUCCUUGAAGAUGUGUGGGGUAGGUAGAAAACGAAAACGAAGUCCUAAGACACAAAAACGAAGACCCCCCUCAAAUCACUUAUAAAUAUCUAGAAAUGGGUAUCUCGACCUUAGAUGUGUAAGAAACAACAAUAUCUUCAAUUAGACAAAAUUUCUCGACCUUAGAUGUGUAAGAAACAACAAUAUCUUCAAUUAGACAAAAUUUCCAUGACAUUAAAUAACCAUGUCACUCGGAGAUGUUAAAGUUGUCGGGGGGUUAAUGCCCACCCUUGUUUCUAUCAGCGUCAAUAUUUUUAUUACUGACGAUAGAAACGUUUCCGAGAUUUUAUUACGGCCAGUUUGCGCGUGAACCUGAAAACACAUCAUGUUUUGUGAGAAUAUUCUUUGUUCUUUGAGCCAAGUAUUUUUUACGUGAAAUUAUAUUACAACUUCACUCAAUAAACUUGUACUGAAAUAACUUUGUACCGAAAAAAAACCGGUAACCCGUGUAAGUACCUGCUGUCUUGCAAACUCUUAAUGAAAAUUACACACACUCCAGCCACUUGUUUCAGUGUCCUUCGGAAAAGACCUGCACAGAAGAGAAACGCUUCCCCAAUAAAUUCUAGACUCUUCACAGCUCUUGAGUUCUGUGAGUUUGUCUCUAAACAUCACACACAGGGGCACCCAAUUAACGGGAAUAUAGUUCAAAACCACCUAAACACAGCACUGUUAAACGUAUUUUAGUAUUUAAACGGUAGAUAUAGGAAUAUUUUUAUCCCCUAAAAAUUUGUCAUCUGUUUGGAUCCUAGCUGAAAGUCUAGUGAUCCGAAAAUUAUAGGGAUCAAAACUUACUUUUUCGAAAAUUUCAGCCAGAAAAAAAGCUCCCGAAAAUUCUAGGCAACCUUUUUAGGGUAAAAAUCCGUUAAAAAUGGGCAAUUAUACCAUCUUUUAGAUGUUCGAAAAUCCCAGGAGAGGCAGGCAACCAAGAAAUCUUACAACAAAUGUACCGAAAAUUUUAGAUCUCAAAUCGUCUUCCGAACAGAUAUUUUCCGAAAAUUGACGUUGGGAACCCCUGUACACAGGAGGGAUGUGAUAAACUGCAACGAGUGCGAGCACAAGGGAGCGUUGUCCCAGGGAAAAGAAAGGUCUUACAUCUUCUCCUUAUUGAACCCGCUUACUACGGACACUUUCUGUGGUACGGUCUCCUAAGUGUCUCACUCUGUAUUAACGGGGUUUGACUGUACCACGAGUUUAAUAAGUAUUGCUAUGAAUUCUACAAAGUAAAACUAAAAUGAAACAGAAACUCUUUCCACAGAAUUUCGGAUUUCUUCUGACAUUAAAUGACCACGUCACUCGGGAGAUCUUAAUGUUGUCAUGGGUUUAAUCGUCAGGAGCCGUGUUGUUUCCUACACUCCUUUAGUGUCUAGAAGCCGUUAAAAGCAGUUUCCAGCCGUUUCCAAGUGAUUUUGAGGGGGGUCUUCGUUUUCUCCACUCCGGGGGGAUUGUGUAGAAAACGAAGACCCUGGUCGAAAUUUUGUAUAAUUGAUGAUAUUGUUGCCUUUCUCACACAUCAAAGGUUGAGAUACCCGUUUCUAGAUAUUUAUAAGUGAUUUUGAGGGGGGUCUUUGUAUUUGGGUCUUAGGUCUUAGGUCUUCGUUUUCUACUCACCCGCUGCACACAGCCGAGAUAAAGAAAAAUAUUUUUACAUGGUAAACUGCCCCAUAUCCUCUGCGAUCAGGGCAAAGUCGGGUGACCGGAAAGAGGUUUUGGGCACGUGGUUUUAGCACGCCUACUUGGUUUGGUUUAUCUUAUGGUUCUCCUAUAGUUUUGUGCCUUGUAUUUCUGUAGAUUAUGAUUAUUCUAAUAUUAAUUAAAAAAUAAAACUUUUGUCAAAAAGAAACGGAUUUCCGCGAUGACGAAAACACAGUCAAAGAAGCCGCUCCCUUCCCCGGUGGCGCAAACUUUUCACCACCGGACAGGCCCGGACUUGUAUUGGAAUGCCGAAGUAAUGUAGUUUCUAACAAUUGAUUCUAUUGGUGGAUACUACUGGAAGCCAAUUGACUAGCCAAUCAAAUUUCGCGUUAUUUUUGAAGGCCAUAAGUUGCAUCACAAGUUUUCUUCUGCCAAAUACUCUUCGCUGGGUUAGUGACUUUCUAGUUUUAAGAGAUGUUUUCUUAGCAGAUGCGAUGAGAUUAAGUGUUUUCGUGGCCCUUUUGGUGAGUAUGUGUUUCUCUUGGACAAGAUAGGUGAAUGUUUGUGCUGUUAGUGAAAGAUAUCCAACCUCAAUCGAAACAACUGCGUCGUCUGACACACAUGGACUUAACACCGAUAAAACACCCACUAGGCCACUAGAAAAUCUAAUUUAUGCUGUCUCCACAAUCAUCUAAAAUAGGGAUUUUUUCUCCUCUGCUUCAAAUAUGUCGUCUGUACUGUCGAAACUGAAGUUGUAGUGUCGUGUUUGAUGGUAAACUUGAAUGCAAAUGUUGUCCUCAGUUCAAAGGUGCUUCGUUUGCUCUUUUGAACAGGCUCACAGCGUGGAUAAAUUUGUGGAAUUUUUUUCUCAUAAUGUGCGGCAAAAAUGUUGACAUCCCAAGCUUACUUCACUACAGAAGCAAACAUUUUUCUAUUGGUGAAACAUUUUAUUUUUGUAUCUUAGUUUAUUGUUACCAAGGAUAGUAUCGGUAGCUAACGAUCAUUAACCUAACCACGCUUCACUUGACUUUUGACAAUGCUUCAUACACCAAGGAAGCCACCACCUUUGACGUCUUAAUCAAACCUCAGCUCAUACAGCACUAAGCUAAAGUUAGCUGGGUCGAUUUGUAAACCUUUUAUUCAAUUCAAACUUUAACUUCUAGGAACUGACAUUACUUUUAAGACCAAUAUUUGGUUUGCCUUUAGCUAUUUUUAAACCUUUUUUGUUUAUAUUUGUUUAUUAAUAACUCCCUUGAGGAAUUCAAAUUAUUUCUCAAUGAAAGUUUUUAUAAUUCAGGUCAUUUAGCACCAUGGAGCUUUUGAAACCACAGAGUUAACGGCAGUGAAAAGGUUACUUAUUAAGGAAAAUUGAGUUCUUCUUACCACACACUUAUAUUAUUCCAACUCCUUUUUUUGCUGAAUUUUGGUGAAUUUUCAUUGGUUCGAAUUUACAUGAAAUUGAAGGUCAUGCAGCCGAAGAUCAAAAACAAAUCCCCACUUCCAGUAUGUGAAUAAACCAUACCGAAUCAAAUAUGUAUCAGUCUACAUGAAGUGUUACAGUGUGUUAACGCUUUAAGUCCCAAUAGUGACCAACAUCAAUUUUCUCCUAAUAAUAUCCAUACAAUGUCAAGAGAUUAGGUUAUGAGAAUUAAUAAAAUGAUCACCUAAGAGAAAAUGCUUUGAUCUUUUGUCAAAUUCUCUCAACUCAUUCUUUAAGGAAAUAUAUAGAGAUCAGUUUGGAGAAUUUGUAUGUGGAUAUUGGGGCUUAAAUGGUUAACAGUCAAGCCUCCACUAAUGGCCUCCUCUCUCCACAAUGGCCAUAUACAGUCUAUACAGUGACUCUUGUUUAAAACUCUCUAUAGCGGCCACUUUGGUCUGUCCCCAAGAUGGCAAUUGUGGAGAGGUUCAGCUGUAAUUUAUACAAUCUAUUGUUGAUUAAUUUCGCUGUGAAGAGUAAGAUGGAUGGGGAAGGGACAGGGUGGCAAGGAGGUUUUCUGUGACUUGUUUAUUAUUAAUGGGACCCAAAUUAUCAGCUUGAUGCAUAGCAGCAUGAUGGGUGAUUUACUAUUUUCACAACAUGUGACGUGUGAUUUUCUUUUGAAAAUUCCAUGAUGGUUGUAACCUUUCAGUUGCUCAGAACUUCUGAAAGAAAGUUAUAUUGGAGUGCCUCAUUUUGCAUUAACAGAGACAAUAUAUUACUUUGCAUUCUGUUUCAGUGUUUUGUGGCAUGUGGCCUGGUGUGUGGACUGAGUUGUCCUACAGGACAGUUUCGUUCAUCAGUUCCUAGACUUUGCUGCAAUCUUUGUCCUGCAGGCCACUUUAUGAGCAAAGAAUGCCAGACGUCAGCUAAUGACACACAGUGCUCGCCUUGCCGUUCAGGCACAUACAAUGCCAAAGAAAAUAAAGACACUGCAUGUCGUAACUGUAGAACAUCCUGUCGAGAUCAGAAGGAAACCAUAGUGAAAAAUUGUUCUUCAAUUAGUGAUCUUCAAUGCGAUUGUUCAGAUGACUAUUAUCGAGAUCCACAUUCACUUCAGUGCAGAAAAUGCACACCUUGUAUGAAAAAGGGCCAAGUGUUGGUAUCUCGUUGUGGAAAAUACAAGGAUGCAGUAUGUAAGACUUGCGGCAAGGUAAGACAAUAGUUGUAGGCUGCUUUUAUGUGAUAAGGUUCAUGUUGGUAAUCCUCUAUUUUCACUGUCAUGCCAUCAAAAAUAAAAGUGCAGACCAUUUAAUAUAGAAAGUCCAGAACGUUGGAAAUGAAGGAAGAUAAAUGUACAAAAAGCCUCGCGAAGAGUCUUUGCGAUAUGUCGUAUGCAAGAUAUAAGGAAAAAAGGUUUCACCAAAAUUUAUGUAGCUUUGUAUGACAGUGCCACUUUGGUGUCCCUUUGAGGGGCAUAAAUCUGGCCGCCAGAAACCAACAGAAACAUCUGUCUAAUGUGAGUUUUCCUACAAAUGCUUGUAUUCAUUGCUUGAGGAACUCAUGAAGAUUAGAGUAAUAUAUAUUCUGAGAGAGGAAUGUUUAGGUAACAGAAUCUCAAAAAAUUGGUAACGUUUUUAUCCCACGUAAGAGCUUUCCUGGUAAUGUGCAAAAAUAAAAGUGUUUAGGUGGUGUAAUACCUCAUACAUGGAAGUAGAAACUCGGAAGAACUAAUAGUUUCUUAGUUUGAAUUUUGGUGACCUCAUUGUGAAAACCGGGAAUACAUUCAAAGGUUUGAACUCAACUGAGGGAUUUCUUGCGCCCCGAUUCAAGGCUGUGCUCUCAGAAAAGUUGAAGAGAGCCAAGACCUCUGAACCUGUGAAAUCCAGGGUGCACAGCAUAUGAUUUUAUAUGAAGAAAGUAAGAUUUUCUAGUCACUUAGGAGCAAAAGUUAGGCACCCGAAGCCACUGGGCACUGUUAGUGUACAGCCUUGCGAUUGGUCGAGAGCUAUAUUGGUCGGUAAUUAUAUGAUAAUUAUAUUUGGAGACGAGAGAGAAAAUUUUGUAUCUGGUAAUUUUAUUUCUUAUGCAUAAACACCACUGAAAUACCAAACCAUUUCACAUAUAUUGUUUUCUUUCUGUGAAAGGUGCGAUUUAUCUUGUUUUGUAGCCAUAGUGAUGGUGAUCUUUUCAUUUGCGAAGAUAACAUGUUAUUUUCUCAUGUGAAGAUAUCAUGUUGUCCAUUUGCAGUUUUUUGUUUUAAAUUGUGGUUGUUCUGCAACUGUCUUUAUGUUAUUAUCUUUUCAGGAAAACUUUUUAUUAAAUAAUAAGUGUGUUCCAUGCGAUCGCUGCCAUAAAGGAGAGUUUGUGGCGGAGGAGUGUUCGCCAAAACGAAACACUGUUUGUAGGAAACUUCCAACAAGUACACCCCCUUCCUCUUCUCCACAUAUUACCUCUCAAGAACCAGUUACUGAGACUAAGCGUGUUGAAAGAGGUACUGUACAUGCCAUGUAAUUGUUACAAGACAAAAUUAAAUUCAGGUUAAUAGUUUGUAACCUUGGUUGAUUCUCGAUUUCCUUUGUCUCCUUUAGAAGACAGUCCAAAACGUGUACAUUGUCUUGUUGAUUAUCUUAUAAUCAAAGAAGAAAGAGAAUUAAUUUUUUGAUCACCCAAACGUACAGAAAAAAUUCUGAGCUCACUGAUCCACAGUAAAAAAAUAUUUCCAAUGAUUGAUUCAUUGCAACAUCAACAUGUUGAAAAUUUCAACCAUUGAAUUCUUUACAGAAACGUAUGAACACCAUCCCAAAUAGUAAGUGCAAACCAAGUCUUUACUGUUUUCCUAUUAGUCAUAGCCAAAUAGAGUUUCUAAAACAAAAGAAAUAGGCAUGUUUGAUUGGUUAGAAUAAUUGAGUACACCAAAGAGAGCCAUAUGCCACUCUCAGGAAUUUGAGGAGAUAAAAGGUAUGGGACUCUUGGUUGGGAAAAGUUUAUUCCAAAAACUACCUGCUGUUCUGUAGACUUGUAGUUUUAGUAUUAGGCUAUUACUGCAGAUUUGCGCUGCCAGGACUUUGUAUAGAAGUGUGAGAGUACUUUUUUCUUAGCGUUAAUUUGCUUCAUGUCCCUUCAUUGAAAGUUGUUAUAAAAAGGAAUUGAUGUUCUUACUAAUUUAUAUUUUGCAGCUGACCUUAACCCAACACCAGCUGAGAUUAAAGCGCAAAAGAGGUGUCAGGAUGAGAUGUGGGGGUAUCGUGCUGUCAUAAUGCUAUUAGUGUUGAUCAUAUUAGGCCUGGUUCUUCACCAGAAAAUAAACUUAUGCCAAACAAUUAAAACUAAAGUCACCACCCUGAAGAAAUGCUCGGGUCCAAAAGGUGAGGAAGCUUUUACAACUUUGAAGCAUUUAAGCUUUUCAAAAAUGUAGUGAAUAGCAUGAGGUUGCCCCUUUGAUGUUAACAUCUUGUAGUCAUAAAGAAGUUUUUAUCUCACUUUAAAUAAUUGUACGACUGAUACUGACACUUUUGUGGCAUCUUUAUUUCAGAAUCAUGUGCUAUGUCAGCUGGUACCCCAUUGGUUAUAAAAGGUAACUGUGAUUAAGCUUGAUUGUAGUAUCAACCAGAGAACUGUCUCCGUUAUGAUGGGUGCUGCUAUUAAAGUACGUGAAAGUACCUAGGGCUGUCGCUAAGGGGGUUGUCCACACCUGGUGCUUGGGAAUGAGUACUUGGGUACAGUACAGAGUGGUGUUGUGUUUACACAACCUGAGUGCCUGAUAUGUCACUGUGUACAUGGUUACUCCAUUUUGCCCUGUCAGGUGCCAUUUUGAAACAUGAGCUGAGCAGCAAGUGCAAAGCAUUGGACUGUCCCAGAACUAACAAAAUGGUGUGCAUACAGGAACUUACUGCCAGCUUUUGUCGCUGAGUACAAGGUCUUGACCUCAUCAUCAGGCACUGUUCCUGAAUGCUAGCAUUAAUACUUGAAAAAUGGGUGUGUUCACAUAAGGGCCCAGCGAGUACCAUACUCAGGCACCAUGCCUAGGUGUCUAUGAUUUCAAGGUGCUGGUACAAGAUUCUUGUUAACUGCCAGGAAUGGCUAAAAAAUGGACCUUUUUCAAUUUUGAGCCACUUACUGUGAACAGGGUAAAGUGAAGGAUUGAGUGGGACUGCCUAAAACUGCCUUCAGGAUUGGAGGGCUAAGUCAUUUACUUGUAUUUUCUAGUUCAUGUGGCAAACAUCCUGUAUAUUGCUAGGACUACUUAUGCACAGUGAUGUACUCUAACAAAAGGAAAGACAUCAGUGAUAGCAUCUCUUCUCUUUCUUUUUGUUCAAAUAGAAAAUAACUUCAAAUUCAGUAAAACCCGAGCAGAUGUGACUGAGAGGCUAGCAAUGCACCUAAACGCAAGCAAGGAUUGGAAGAGGCUGGCGGGUCUUAUGAAUUAUAGCAGCGUAUAUACACAAAAUUGGGAACUCACACCAUGCGAGGCAACCCAAAAGCUGUUGCAGGACUGGUCACAGCGCUCAGAUGCCACAGUCUUUACUCUGUACCAGUUCUUGAAGGAGCUGCGUAGGGAUGAUGCCGCAUCAUUGCUUUUGCCAUACCUUACUGGUCAAGUUCCUGAGUGUGAGACUGUGUAA